AUGGCAAUGGUUUCUUCCAAUGAAAAGGACGCAGCCAGCAUCGAGAUACAGCAACAGAACUCCAGCUCCGAUGGUGACGACUUGUCAAAGUUUAACGGUCCUAUGCUGCUGAGACUCGUUGGAACAGAUAAAGAACGGAUAUUGUUGGAGGAAGCUCAAGCCAACCUUAAACUUGCAACCGAGACAGGUUAUGCGCCUGAACUUCGUCGUAACUUUGGUGUCUUAUCACUUUUGGGUGUGGGGUUUGGUCUUACCAAUUCAUGGUUCGGAAUAUCAGCUUCGUUGGUGACAGGAAUUUCAUCCGGUGGACCCUUACUCAUUGUAUACGGUAUCAUUAUCAUCGCUACAAUAUCGUUGGGAAUUGGUUCUUCUCUCUCGGAACUUGCAAGUGCAAUGCCAAAUGCCGGUGGACAAUACUAUUGGACGAUGAAGCUUGCACCCAAAAAAUAUGCUGCUUUUGCAUCUUAUAUGUGUGGUGCCCUUGGUUGGGCUGGUUCUGUAUUUACCAGUGCCUCCGUCACUAUAUCCAUUGCAACGGGGCUUGUUGGAAUGUACGUUUUGGGUACUGGAGACCCAAACAAAACGGUUAAAACUUGGCAAGUUUUCAUCACAUACGAAAUUGUCAAUUUAUUAUUGGUGGUUUUCAACUUGUGGGAAAGACCAUUGCCAACUUUCCUGAAGGCUUCGUUAUACGUAUCGUUAGCUUCGUUCGUUGUGAUUACAAUUGUCGUUCUUGCAAAAUCUUCUGGUAACUAUCAAGAUGCAAGGUUUGUGUUUGUGGAAUUUUCGAAUGGAACCGGCUGGUCGUCUUCAGGCAUUGCGUUUAUUGUUGGUCUUAUCAAUCCAAAUUGGUCUUUUAGUUGUCUCGACGCAGCAACACAUAUGGCAGAAGAACUUCUUGAGCCUGAAAGACAAAUUCCUAUUGCAAUCAUGGGAACCGUGGCUAUUGGUUUUGUUACCUCGUUCAUCUACUCAAUCUGCAUGUUUUUAUCCAUUCGUGAUUUGGAUGCAUUAUUCUCUUCCAACACUGGAGUGCCCAUCAUGGACAUUUUCUACCAAGCACUUCAAUCGAGAGGUGGAGCAAUUGGACUUGAGGUGUUGAUCAUGCUCACAGCAAUCGGUUGCAAUAUCAAUUCCCAUACCUGGCAAGCAAGAUUGUGCUGGUCGUUCGCAAGAGAUAAUGGACUUCCAGGGUCUCGUUACUGGUCUAAAGUGAGUCCACGAACCGGAGUUCCUAUUAAUGCCCAUUUGAUGUCAUGCGCCUGGUGCGCAGUCAUAGGGUGUAUUUACAUGGGAUCAACUACAGCUUAUAAUGCUAUGGUUAUUGGAUGCAUCAUUUUCUUGCUUCUUUCAUAUUCUAUCCCAGUUACGUUCCUCUUGUUGAAGGGACGGGAUACUAUCAAGCACGGGCCAUUUUGGCUUGGUAAGGUUGGAUUUGUUGGAAAUGUCGUCUUGGUCUGUUGGACAGUGUUUGCUACGGUGUUUUACAGUCUCCCUCCAGUGAUGCCCGUGACGGCUGGUAACAUGAAUUACGUUUGUGUUGUCUUAGCGGUCUACGUUGCGUACUGUGUGAUCUACUGGGUGUGCAGAGGACGGUCCAAAUAUACCACCAUUGAGGAUCGCGAGAAGGAAAUUGAAGAAUUGACCCAUCAGUUAUCAAACAAGGUUGAGCAACUUGAGUUGAGCAUGUCCCACCCGGCUCGUGGUAUGUAG